GAACUGAAACCCAUUUGGCUCUCCGAGUAUAAAAAACAAAUCUUGAUAAACAAUGACAUCUUCCACGGACGCUGAACAGACAAUGCAGCUCGCUCUGGAGCGAUUCCGCGUCCGGAUGGCCACGGCAAACAGGAAAUUCAUCCAGGAUCGCGUGGAUGAAAUCGAAGCGCGGGGCCUGGCCAGCGAAGAAGAGAAAUGGCGAAAGAUGGCCGAGUACCGACAUAUCGAACCGAAUGAGAAGGAGACCAAGUUUCCCCAGCGGUUGGUGGAUCUUCCCGCGGCAGUGGACAAGGUGUUCCCCUUUCCCAUAGACGGGGUGCACCCGCCGCGACUGCGGACCGACGACGCACGCGAGCAGUUCCUGGAUAUGCUCCAGCAAGUCUUCCAGCAGCAGGCGGAGGAGUGGGCGGCGGAGCGAGGCCGGGAGACGCCAGGGCUCCUCCCCCGCUGUGACGAGCUGAACGUGUUUUUGAAGUACGCCUACGCGGUCGAGGACCCAGAUUUUCGCCUCUCCGCCAUCCCGCCCUUUGAGCCGGGGCUGACGCUCUUAUCGGUGGAGCAGGCUGAGUUGGCGGAGACGCAGCCCGAGCAGUACCGGGAGCAGGUCCGGGAAGAGUGCGCGCAGGUGCGGGAAUUCCUGGAAUCCGACGGGACUGGCGAUCUGAUCAAUAAAGCGAUAGUUGGCCCGUGGGUCGAAGCCGAUGAUCUGGAGGUCAAGGCCGGUGUGAUUACUGGCACUGGCUAUAUCGGUGAAUACCCUCAUUGGUAUAGUACCUAUCUCUACUGCCGUCAGCGGGAGGAUGCUGUUCGGGAUUAUGCUAUUCCCGAUGCCCCCAAUAUCCGGAACUGGGCGUGGCGGGUCGUUGUCCUUGACGACAAGGGGGAUUUCCUUGCGCCUUCUGUGAUUUAUGGGCGCAAACCGCGCUUUGACUCCAUUCCUGAGUUCUUGGAUUGGUACUGUAGCUGGCCGGACUAUUUGGAUGCCCGCCGCAUACGGAGUCUUCGGCGUCACGCUGUUCAGUGUGAAACUGAUUGCGAGUCGGACUGUGACAUGCACAUCGCUUGAUGGCCCGAGUUUUGUUGUUCUCUGGAGCCCGAAGAGAAGCCAUGUAUCUAGUUGAGAGGGGAAUUAUCUUCCCAGCGUUGUAGUUAUCUAAUACGCGGGUGAACCCCAGCUCGGUCUCCGACUCAGUUCACCUACACAUACGUACCCA